GAAUUCUGCCUUGAACUACAAUUUCUACACUGCAGUUUUGGUGUGAUCCAACCCCUCUUCCUGUGCUCUGUCGCCCCCAGCAGGCGCAGGGCGGCGGUGCUACGAUCAAGCCACAAUAGGCAGUAGGAGUGGACAAUCCAGAUCCGGGCAGGCAGUCUUGUCUCCACAGGGAGCAGCGCUGUGUGUAGGUGAUACCGUCCGCCGCUUGCCAAACACCCCCAUCUCUUUAGAAACAGGAGCCGGCGUCCGGAGCAGGAUGUAUUGAUCUGUUUGCCUUGUAGCGCUUCUCCGGCGGAUCCUCCAUGCGUCAGCCGCGGGAAUGGAUCAGGAAUCCGGUGCGGCGUCUGCGGGGAGUUUCAUCUCCCUGAAUGAGCACGAGCAGAGGUAUUACUCAGGUCUCCACGGUCUGUGCCAGGCUGACACUUCAGGGAAACUGUCGUCCGUCAAAGUGGCAGAGCUGUUCAAGGCGUCUCAGCUACCUCCAGAAUCCCUGCAUAAAGUAACCGAAGUGUGUGGAGCAAAGCGCCUGGGCUACUUUGGCACACCCCAGUUCUACGUGGCCCUGAAGCUGCUCGCUGCCGCCCAGUCUGGUCUACCCAUCCGCCUGGAGAGUGUUACGGCCAAUCUACCUCUGCCCAGAUUUGUUGGGCUGAAGAAUGAGCCAGAGAUGCGAUAUCCAGCUGUUCCUCCCGUCUUAGACGCUCAGGGGGCUCACUGUGGGUCUGCACCCAGUUCUCUCUCCUGGACUCCAGCGGACAGGAACAUCUUCCGACACCCCGAGGCCAGUGUAGACAAGAAGGAGUCUUGGUCACCUCCAUCAUCACCAUCCAGUUCACCUCCUCGGUCACCACUGACCUACCGCAGCUACCAGUACGCCAAGCAGAGAAAUGGGGUGGACUCACAGAUCGGCUAUGAAAGCAAACAUUCCUCGCGGCCCGUCGUUCAGCUGGAGCAGCAUUCUUCGCCCAGUAACUUUGGGACCAAACCCACUGUGGAGCAUCCAGCUGUAGCUCGGGCUUCCUCGGCGGAGAGGCUGGACCAGCAGGGCGUACUGGACUACACUGAUGAUGACCCAUGGAGGAUCACUGAAGAACAGCUGGAGUAUUACACCAAUCAGUUCAAAAGCCUGCAGCCUGACCUCGGGGCUCUGAUCUUAGGCGCUGUAGCAAAGAACUUCUUCACAAAAUCCAAGCUCCCCAUACCAGAGCUUUCCCACAUUUGGGAGUUGAGCGAUGUGGAUAGAGAUGGAGCUCUCACGUUCUCUGAGUUCUGCACAGCCUUUCACCUGAUUGUGGCACGUAAGAAUGGUUACCCCCUCCCAGAGAGCCUUCCCCCAACCCUACAGCCAGGGUUCCUGCAACCCGAAGAGGACAUACCUGAUACUCCUGAAAGUGCAGAGCCGUUAAUUGUCUUUGAGGAUACAGGACCGAGGCCCAGCCAGAUGGAUCGAGGCCUCGCAGACAGGCUCCAGCCCAGCAUGACAACAAUAAAACAAGAUCUGAAAGAAGAAUCUAGUAAACAAGAGGCAAGCGUCAAGAUGGUGACGACAUCUCGGGAAAAACAGACUGCACAGCGAUGUGGUUUUCCUGAGAGGCCAGAACCGCCUCACGACCUGGACCCACAGAUGAGGACAAAAACUAGACCAAGGUCCUACUCGAGCACUUCUAUCGAAGAUGCCAUGAAGAAAGCAGAAGAGCCCCCCACCCCUCCUCCUCGACCCCAGAAGACCCACUCCAGGGCCUCCUCGCUGGACCUCAACAAGCUCUUCCAGCAGGGUGCUCCAGGUGUAAAAGGUGGAUGGUUGUUGCCUCCAGCCCUCCCACCUAGACCACUGACCUCACAGGUUCCUCAUUUCACCAGCGUUGCAGAGAAGACUCCCCAGAAUAAAGUGCAGCAGCCGAACUUCGCCGACUUCAGUCACUUCAGAGAAGAGGAGGAGAGCGGCGUGAAACCAGAAGAACCGGGUCUGUCCUCUCGAUUCGGACCAAGCACUGAAGACUUGACAAAACCGUCAAAACAGGACAUCACCGGUGCGUCUCACAGCCAGGCGCCACAGAAGCCGGUCCGCAGGAAAUACCACCCAGAGAGCCAAAACCUGGAGACUGUACCUCCACCUGCCAUGCCGUUUCCUCCCCCUGCCAAACCUCCUCAAAAGCUCCUGUCCAGACAGAAGAGGGAGAUCCAGAUGGCGAUCCGUAAGAACAAGGAAUCCAACGCCGUGCUGACACGCCUCAACAGUGAGCUCCAGCAGCAACUUAAGGUGGUCCAUCAGGAGAGGGUCACCUUGGAGUCCCAGCUGGAGGUCCUGCGGCCCCUGGCCUCGACAUGACUGAGCCUCAAGUCUGGCUAGAGUCACGUUACCAGUCCUUCGACGGGACACGUGGGUUUCUCUGUUAAACAUGAAUGUUGGUUGGUGCAGGAAGUUGUUGUUUUUGUCCUGAAUAAAUGUCAAAGGGCUGAUGAUAGGAGCAAAAGUGCAUUGUUGACUCAACAACCAGGGAUGUUACUCUUCUUUAAUCUCUUUAACCCCAGUCCUGUCAUGUUACUUUGUCUUACUUUUAAUGAUGUCUUGCAGGAAUAAACCGUGCAUUUUUAAUCACUGUAUAGUAUGAACGUUUAAAAAAAGAAAAGAAAAAAAAAUCAUGUUUCUGAUUGUGACAUUCUAACUUAUUUUUGUCUUUUGGUUCAACAUUAGUUUCUCUCAUAUGUCUUAUAUUGUUUACAAGACAUGUAACAGUUGCACACAUAUGGCCAUGACUACAAUGUGUUUCUGUGGUAAUCAUGGAAUUAAAACCCUCCCAGCUUUCCUUUUUACAUAGUCACAUACAUGGUCUAAAGCAAGUGAUGGUGCUACAGAUUACAACCCUUUUUGCACUUAAAGAAAUGAAAAUGCACAUUUGCAAGGUUAAUGUCUUGAUGUUAGCAAAAGCCACAUCAGAUGUUCAUUGAACAUAGCAUAUUUAAACUUCCGCACGAAAUGUGUUUGUUGAAUAACUGUAGCAGUGGGACACUGAAGAAUGUUGACACUGGAUUUGUAUGACACAUUUUACUUGAAAAGUUGCUCCUCUUCUUCAUUUUAGCGCGGCAGGUCCGAAACGAAACCUGACGAUGUUUUCAUUUAUGUUAAUUAUAUAUUAUUUUUCCAGGCACUGUUCGUGAUUUCACUGUUAUUCAAGUUGGGGAAAAAAUAAAAUCCAAACACCGAACCAGUGUUUACGGCCAAAAGAAAGACGAGAAAACGAGCACAAUGUUCCUGUCGUGUUUUGCAGGAUGGAUUUCAAAACAGACGACGUCUGAUUAGGCAGAUGAGGUGUUGAUUUCAUCUACGCGUAGACGAGGUGCUGCUCAAGCUUGCUUUAGACCUUUUUUUUGUUUUUUUUUUAUUUUCCACAUGAUUGAUUGGUCACGGAAGUGAUAAUGGGAUGAUGGCAUGCCUGAUACUGCAUGUUUGCUAAAAUGAAGUGAGGAUUGGAUUGUAAAUUUGCCUGUAAUGGUGCACACAAGUGAGCUCUGGGUUGAAGACAAUAAUCAAAUUAAUCAAUAAAGUUGUCUAUUUUUA